AUGGCUUAUGAAAUCAUAACAUUUUCUAAUAUACUAGAUUAUGCAAGAAUUAUAUUUGGUUGUGGAAAAAAUCAAUUUAAGGGGGAUACAAAAUUCCCAAGAUUAUUUAGUGGAAUUGCUGGUGUUGGUGGUGGUUUAUAUACAAAUGGAUUUGAGACAUAUUCAUUACCAUCACAAGUUGGUGCAAUUGUAUUUGCUUUUUGCAUUCCUACUCCAACUUCAGGGAAGUCCUCUACACUUACUUUUCACGAAACCCCAUGGAAAACAGGUGUAACGGCAACGCUGAUGAGGAACGACAAGUUUCCUUCAUUUUACUACAUAUCGAACUUGGAAAAAAUUAUGAUUAAUAAUAGGGAAGUUCCUAUUGAUCCAUCUCAUUGGGAUUUGGGGCCAGAUAAAUAUGGUGGCAUAUUUGUUGAUACAGGAGCCUAUGUUACCUCAUUUCCUGAUGAUGUUUAUGUCAAAUUUAGGGACAUAUUUAUGUCAGAAGUUAAAAAUAUGCAAUUGGAUCCAAGUUCACCAACUUCAUUUGAUACUUGUUAUAUGGCUGGUGAAUUUGUUAAUUGGGACAAUUUUCCAGUUGUGAAGUUUUAUUUUAAAGCUAGUGUAAUACCUCUUGUAGUGAAACAACAACAAGUGAUGAUACUAUAUAGGAAAAAAUAUUGUUUGGGGUUUCAAAGUUCAGGUCGUAAGAGGUCUGUAAUAGGUGCUAAUAUGUUACAAACUUUAGGAUUGACAUUUGAUCUUGAAAUGUGGAAGUUGACUUUUUCCCCAGAUGCUUGUGAAUGA